AUGCCGGAAUCCGGUCCUUGCAGUCGAGGUGAUGACUCAGCCGGUAACCGCUCCGCGCGGCUGGAUUUGAACCUCGAGUAUUCCGCGCAGCCCUGUAUUGCGGAGCUUAGCGCGGAGCAACGGGCGGAAGGCUGCGCGGGAGCGAGGAGUUCCGCAGAAAGGCGGGAAUCCCUUGCGGGGAGGGGGGAUUUUUCCGCGGCGAGGGGAUUUUUGGUUACAGCCGCGGCGGUGGGGGAACCGUCGGCUGAAGAUGACACCGCAGGGUCGGGGGAAACACCGGUGGGCGGAGCGGGUGGCGGAGCGGAGGCGGAAGAGUCGGAGGGCGGAGGCGCGGAAGAGCCGGCGGCGCUAGACGACCUCGUCGGAAGGGCGUCGCGCUUUGCGCAGAGACUGGCGCAGCGGAGACUCCAGGCGGCGGGGGAACGCGCAGGGGGAGACGCGCAGGCUGGCGGAAGGGGAAGCGGUGGCGGAAACAGCAGCGGCGGCGCAGGCGCUGGCGGAAGAGAAGGCGCGGACCACACCCGCGCGGGGGGGACGGCGGGGGGAAGCGGGGAAGGCGGAGUAGGGGGAAGCGGGGGGGACAGCGGGGGGGGCUUUCAGGCUAUUUUAGCGGCAAUAGGGGCGGGUGGGGAUGAUGAGACCGCAGGGGGGGAUGGCGACACGGAAAACGAGUGUGAUAAUAGUGAGGACGAGGAUAAAGAGGAGAGUGGUGAUACUAGCGAGGAUUCUAGCAGUGACGACAGUGAUGAUUCGGAUGGGGAGGAGGGAGAAGGGGAGGACAAAGGGGAGAGCAGCAGUAGCGGAGAGAGCAGUGACGAGAACGACAAUAGCGAGGAUGACAGUAGCGAGGAUGAUGGUAACGCGUACGGCAACCAGGCGGGCAGGGGGAGCGAGUUUUGGUUCACGUUCGGCGCGCGGACAGGGAUGAGCGACGAGGGGGAGGCGGAGGCGGAGGCGAGGGAAGGGGGCGCGCGGGGGAGGGGGAGCAGGGGCAAGCGGAAGGGGUGGGUGAGUCGGAAGGAGGCUGCGCGCGCGUUCAGGGCGCAUCCCGUGGCGCAUGCGACGCGCGUAUGGUCUUCCGCGCAUGGCAAGACCUCCGCGCUCUGCAGGAAACGGCGGAAUGGGGGGAGUGGGGGAUGCGGGGGGAGCGGGGGGAGCGGACCGGAGGAAGCGCGGAAACAGGCAGAGAUGGGUGCACUGUGGAAUUUUGGAGGGACGGGGGAGGGGGAGGGGGAGAGGGGGGAAGGGGAGGCGAAGGGGGAGAAGCGGAAGGGGAAGGGGGAGAAGAGGGGUGCAGAGCGGUGUGACACAGUGAACGUGCACCAGAUGCUGCUGUCGCGAGAAGUGAACGUGUCGAAAUUCGGGCGCUUCUCUGAGUCGGACCGGUGUCACUUGGCGCAGUCCUUCCUGCCAUGUGACGGCCCCAUGGUGGUGGACAAGGUGGCGUCGCGUGCUUAUAUUGGCCAGUUCAGCGGGGAUGGAGACCUGUUCGUGGCUGGUUUCCAGGACCGUCGGAUUCGCGUGUACGAUGUGGAUCGAGGGUGGGCGUUAAGGAAGGAUGUGAUUGCUCGCAACCUGCGAUGGACCAUCACCGACACUGCACUCUCUCCUGACCAACGAUUCCUGGUGUAUGCAUCCAUCACGCCCAUCGUGCAUCUGGUGAACGUCGGCUAUGGGAGCGGGGAGGUUGAGUCGCUUGCUAAUGUCACGGACAUUCACGAGGAGCUGAACUUCACAGCAGUGGAAUCGAGACGCAGGGAGCGCAGCUUUGGCAUCUGGUCGCUGCAAUUCUCAUCCGACGGUCGGGAGCUCAUCGCGGGCAGCAGCGAUCGCUCGCUCUAUGUCUUUGACCUGGAGAGAAACCAGCCCAUUCUUCGAGACGAUGUGAACGCAGUGGCAUUCGCGGACGAGACCUCGCAGCUCAUCUACUCGGGCAGUGACGAUCGCAUCUGCAAGGUGUGGGACCGCCGCCUGCUUGACAACACCGAGCCCAUCGGCCCGUUGCGACUGCUCGACCCUGUUGGACCUCCUCCCUUCAGUCACUCUGCUGGCGGUGCUGCUAGCGCUGCUAGUUCUGCUGCUGCUGGUGCUGCUGGUGCUGGCGCUGGUGCUGGUGCUGCUGGUGUGGGACUAUCGCUGGAUGGACUACCCCGGGAGGGGAAUGAGGGUCGCACACCCCAGCGACCAUGGGACUAUCGUUGGAUGGACUACCCGGGCAGGGGCAUGAGGGUCGCACACCCCAGCGACCAGUCACUCAUGACGUACCGCAACCACCACGUGCUGCAGACGCUCAUCCGCUGCUACUUUUCCCCUCUGCACUCCACGGCCCAGCGAUUUGUCUACUCUGGGUCGCACGACGGUGCUGUGUAUAUCUUUGACCUGUUGACAGGAAAGCAAGUGGCAAAGCUGAAGCACCACGGGUCGACUGUCCGGGACUGCUCCUGGCACCCCACACGGCCGGCUCUAGCGUCGGUGGGGUGGGACGGCAAGGUGGCUGUGUGGGAGAGCUUUCACGGGGAGACGCCGCCUGAAUGCAAGAAGAUGCGGCAGAUUCCCUGUAAGGGAGGGGGCGCUGGCGACGGUGCAGGGACAGGGGGCAUGCGGCCAGCCCUGGCGUCGGUGGGGUGGGAUGGCAAGGCGGCCCUCUGGGAGAGCUUUCACGGGGAGACUCCUCCUGAAUGCAAGAAGAUGCGGCAGAUCCCCCAAGGCAUACUCCUCCCAUUGCUCAUGGGGAUAGCUGUGGCAAUAGAGGAGGUUGGGGAGGUGAUGGGAGAGGAGAAGAGGAGGUGGUGGGGAAGGGGCAUUGGUGCUGGUCGGUGCAGCCCCCUCCCUUUCCCAAUUUCUCCCCCGUUUCCUGCCCCAGUACUAUCCGCUUCCGGCAAGGCAGGCUACUCUGCUGUGAAUGCGGUGAAGGUGGGGAAGGUCAGAGAUGGCAGUGAAGCUGGGCUGGCGAAGGGAGAGGUUGGAAGGAGUGUGCAUGCAUGCAUGUUUGUGUUCGGGUGGGCGGCUUGA